AGGUCGAAACAACUUCGCUACAGUCCCUACUAUAAGUUCAACUCGUAGCCCUAGUUCUCAGAUUUGCUGCAACUAGGGUUUUCUCUCCUUCCUCAACUCUCUUCCCAACCAGAAGUUAACAGUAGUAGUAGAGAGAGGUUAAAGCGACAGCACCAGCCGCUGUCCGCCUUGGCAAAGCUCUCAGCUUCGUCUUGGCCCUCGAUUUUGCCCCCCUUUUGUACUAUACGCACACACAUACAUAAUUACAUACAGUUUUUGUUGUAUCUGUACCUGUAUCUAUAAUGGCGGUGAAGACAUCGAAAGCCGAGAAGAAGAUCAAGUACGAUCACAAGCUGUGCCAGCUCCUCGAUGACUACACCCAGAUCCUGAUCGCCGCCGCCGACAACGUCGGGUCGAACCAGCUCCAGAACAUCCGCAGGGGUCUACGCGGAGAUUCUGUGGUUCUAAUGGGUAAGAACACGAUGAUGAAGAGAUCCAUCAGGAUUCACUCCGAGAAGACCGGAAACAAGGCCUUCCUCAAUCUCAUUCCUCUCCUCGUUGGUAAUGUUGGCUUGAUUUUCACAAAGGGUGAUUUGAAGGAGGUCAGCGAAGAGGUUGCCAAGUACAAGGUAGGAGCUCCUGCUCGUGUUGGAUUGGUGGCUCCAGUUGAUGUCGUUGUCCCACCCGGAAACACUGGACUCGACCCUUCCCAGACCUCUUUCUUCCAGGUGCUCAACAUUCCCACCAAAAUUAACAAGGGUACAGUCGAAAUUGUUACCGCUGUGGAUCUUAUCAAGAAGGGCGACAAAGUUGGAUCUUCUGAGGCUGCCCUUCUCGCAAAACUUGGCAUUAGGCCCUUUUCUUAUGGUCUUGUUGUCCUGACUGUGUACGACAAUGGAUCGGUCUUCAACCCAGAGGUGCUUGAUCUGACAGAGGAUGAUCUCGUUGGGAAGUUUGCCUCCGGAGUUUCCUUGGUCACCUCAUUGGCACUGGCUAUUUCUUACCCAACUCUUGCUGCUGCACCCCACAUGUUCAUCAAUGCCUACAAAAAUCUCCUGGCCAUUGCAGUGGAAACUGAAUACUCCUUCCCCCAGGCAGAUAAAGUCAAGGAGUACCUUGCGGAUCCCAGCAAGUUUGCUGUUGCUGCUGCCCCUGUUGCAGCUGCUGCUUCCGGUGCUGCCACUCCUGCUGCUGCUGCUGCUAAGGAGGAAGAGAAGAAGGAAGAACCUGCCGAGGAGUCUGAUGAUGACAUGGGUUUCAGUCUGUUCGACUAAGUUACUAGUUAUGAUGUGUUGCCAAACUUAUUAGUUGCUUCCUUUAUUGCUUUUUGUUGACGUCAUUUUGUUGGGUUUGAUGGAUUUAGUAUUUGUUAGUUUUGGACCAUAUUUUAUCUGCCUGAGUAACUCUUAUUAUCUUCCUUCGAUCUAUCUUCGAUUUUGGGUUGAUCA